ACUCUCAAGCGGCAGGAAACGUGAAACGGAGGGGUGGGGGAGAUUUUGGCUCGCGUCACGUACCCUUUCCUCCCGCCGCGUUGCUGCUCGCGUGCGUUCGACAGGCGCGCGCGAGACCAAGUCGGCAUGCACGCGUGCGCCGGCGCGCUCCCGCCCCUCGUGCGUGUGCGCGAUUCAAUCUCCCUAGCCUCUGUCGCGGGAACGCCGCCGCCAACCCGCCUCAGUCAGUCACUCAGCCAGCCCUGAGAGGGAGAAAGGGAAGGCGAGGGAGCGGGCGGGAUUAUUAUGGGCUGUGGGUGCUGCUGUUGCUGAGGCUGAGCAAAGAUGGAGCUGUCUGCAGUCGGCGAGCGGGUCUUUGCGGCCGAAUCCAUCAUCAAGCGGCGGAUCCGAAAGGGUCGCAUCGAAUACCUGGUGAAAUGGAAAGGCUGGGCCAUCAAGUACAGUACUUGGGAACCCGAGGAGAACAUCCUAGAUUCUCGCUUGAUUGCAGCCUUUGAGCAAAAGGAACGUGAGCGUGAGCUUUAUGGACCUAAGAAGAGAGGACCUAAACCUAAAACUUUUCUGCUAAAGGCUCGGGCCCAAGCAGAGGCCCUACACAUUGGGGAUGUACAUUUUUCUGUCAAGCCCGGUUCUAGCACAUCCUCACCGAAACUGCACUCCAGUGCUGCAGUGCACCGACUCAAGAAGGACAUCCGAAGAUGCCACCGUAUGUCCCGGCGCCCAUUGCCCCGCCCAGAUCCACAGAACAGUGGAGUGGGUGGGAGCACUGGCAUACGCCCCCCUGUCUCUCCUUUCUCAGAGACCGUACGCAUCAUCAACCGCAAAGUGAAGCCUCGUGAGCCCAAGCGUAGUCGUAUUAUUCUCAAUCUGAAAGUCAUUGAUAAAAGUAGCAAAGCAGCAAAUGGGGGAGGAAGCUUGGCACGUCCUAAGAUCCCUUCCCGAAAUCGGGUAAUUGGUAAGAGCAAGAAGUUUAGUGAGAGCACACUUCGUAAUCAGAUCCGCCACAUGAAAUUUGGAAGCUUCCCUCUGUAUAACAAGCCAUCUGUUCCAGCCCCAUCGUUAGAGGGGAAGACAGAGGCAGGAGGUUCUCAAGGUGCUUCUUGUGGACUCAUGGGCUCUUCUGCCUAUGAUGCCCGCAGUUCCAGCUCCUCUGACUGCCCCUCACCAGCUCCACACUCCUCAUCUGAUCCAGAUGAUUCCCCACCAAAGCUGCUUCCUGAGAUUCUAAAUCCUGCCAUUCCUGACUGGCGUGAAUCUGAGGUCCUCGAUCUGUCAAUUCCACCUGAGUCAGCAGUGACCAGUAAGCAGUCUCCUUCCAGAGGGAGUGGAGUAGGUCAGAUCCCAUCAUCUCCAUUGUCUUCUGACCCAGAGCAGGAGGCCGGUGAUUGGCGACCUGAAAUGUCUCCAUGCUCUAAUGUGGUGGUUACUGAUGUCACCAGCAAUCUAUUAACAGUCACAAUCAAGGAAUUUUGCAAUGCUGAAGAUUUUGAAAAAGUGGCAGCAGCUGGAGGUGGUGGUGGUGGUGGUGGUGGUGGUGGUGGAGGCAGCAAAUGAAAAGGUGCAUUCCUCUUCCACAAAUUUUGGGGGAGGGGGAUGGGACAGGGAGGCUGUACUGCAAGACCAUGCAUGGUAUGAAUGCUUGCUUUCUUCUCUCUUCCUUCUCAUCUGUUCUUUCUCUUUUUGCUUGGAAAUUAAGUUGAUAGAAGAAUGGAAAUAGAUGUGUUUGAAAUUCUCCAAUUCACAGCUGCUAGGAGUCAUGCUGGGAAAUAAAUUUUCCUUUUGUGUGUGUGUGGAGGCCUUCAAAGAUUACAUCUUAUUGACUGGAGCCUGAUAAAUAAGAACUUGGGAGAAUGGUGGGCAUAUUAAGUGAAGGGUAUAUUUUCCCCUCAUGUUCAGAGAAAAAGAAAAGUAAGCCUUUGGCCAAACUCAAAGGUAGAGAGAGUAUAUUCCAUGAACUGCCACUUUAUUCUUGUCACCUUUAUUUUAUAUCUGUGAUUUGACAAAGAUAAUUUGGAUUGACAAUAUCCUAGGAAAAUAUCACUAUAGUUAGGGGAAACCGCUAUAGAACUUCAUAGGGAUUGGGUGUGCCCUAAUCCUGCAAUGCGCUUCUGAAUACUCUUCCACUAUGCAUGUAUUAGAGGUGCAAGUUUGGUAAUUCUGUAGCACUUGUAGACAGCUUAGGCCCAUUUUCCCCCUUUCAUCAGCCUAGAACGAUAUCUCUGUUAGUCUUGAUUGUAAUACAUUUUGUAUUUUUUUUUACUACUGUUAAGCUAGAGCUGUUUCAGCCUUAUGAAGCUGUUAAUCUUACCUUGUAUCAUCUGUUCUGCUUCUUUACAUAAGAGAUGCAUGAGUUUUUUUUUUUCUGAAACCUUAUUUCAAAAAGCAAUGGAGUUUAAUACUCUUUUAGAAAAGUGUAGUGAGAUGAGGCCCACUAUUCUUAUUUAUAUUGGUAGAUUUAGUUAUAUCUUAGUGGGGUAGGAAAAAGGUGUUUGUUUGUGCUUUUCCUUCUUUCUACUUCUCUCCCAGUAAAAGAGAUGGAAGAACAUUCAUAUCUGCAGUUCUCAAGAUUUCAAAUUGCCUGUAGAGUUGCCAACCAGAGGUGCUAAGAACCUAUUGUAAACAUUUAUUAUGUGUCUUUUGGAUCUUGGUUUGUUUGUUUGUUGGGAGAUAGUAUGUAUGCUUAGUGUAUGCUUGCCUCUCCCUCCCAUCCACCUGCCUGCAAUAUCUUCCUUUUAUUAAUUCAUUCUAACUGAAACCUAAGUACUCUGUCUUGAAGGCAAAUAAUGUGGUUGCAUUUGCUAUAUUGCCUCCAACUCCUCCACCUAUAAAUGUUAAUAAUUAUGACUCCAUAUAUUGAUGUCUAACAUUCACUGCAGGAGUAAAUAAUUUCUUCAAAUUUCUACUUCAUAAUUAUUUUGUCAUAUGUUCCAGCUUUGUUGCAAGCUUUUCCUCCCCUGUACUAUGCCUCUGAUUUGUUACUAGUGGCACAUGUGGGUACAUAUGUAAUGUUGUCUGGCAUACUAUUUAUACAUUGUUACACUAUGGUGGGAAGGAUGUGUUUGAGGUGAUUCUUAAGGGCUCAACUGCAUGCUAUGCUGUCACUGAAAUAACUAAAUCUUGUACUUAAUGGCAUCUCUGUUCUCUAUAUUCCAGUCUGAACAAUUAUCUUUUACGAUUCUGCUUAGUUUUUUUGUUUCAUUUUGUUUUGUUUUUUAGAGUUUAUUAACAAUGCAUGUGAAGCCUGAUGCUGCAAAUACUGUGGCAUUUACUCCUCAAUUGCUAAGGUUUUAAAAAGCAGUGUUUUAAUCUCAGUGUCUCCAUUAGAAAGGACUUCUUCACACCUUUCCUUCCUGUGUUUUCUUUUUAACAUUCCUCUCUUUUCUUCAUGGACUUUGUAGAAUUCCACUUGUUUAUAUCCCUGCGUAAGAAGAAGUCAGGACUGUCAGAUCCUAGAUAUCAUUGUCUAUAUAUAGAUGCCUAUCAAAAGCAAAAUUUAUGAUGUUAAGUGUUGUUUGUGACAGUUUGAGUGCAGUCAGUAUUGAAGAGAUAUUCAAGAUUUGCUAUUAUCCAGCCAUGGAUAACAACUCUUUUGUGUCUUUUAAUUUUUUUUAAUGAGUGAAAUCUACAAGGUGUGCAGGGUUAUUACCUCCAUGCUCCUCCCACUGAUGUAUAACUCCAAGGCUUUCUGUAAUUCCACAGAUGCAUGCUUUGGAAUUAGCUGUUUGUAAUUUUUUGUGAAAUCAGUAAGAGGCUAUAUCAUUGCAUUGCCUCAGAAGAAUAGGAGGCAUUAUCAGAGUUUAUUUUAAUGGCUUCAAAGGUGGGUGGGUGGGCUGGGCUGGGCUGGGCUGAGGAUAGAGAUAUAUAAUAGGGAGAGAGCAGGGAGACUUGUAUUAAAAAAGACUUUAAGAGAAAAAUAGAAUUAUUUUAUGAAACUUCAAGAGGAAAUAUUAUAAGGGUGGAUGAAUACUAGUCAAUCAUGUUCUACGAUUGUUUGGUAUAUUUUUGUGGCAUUUUGUUUCGUCCACUGUUUGAAACAAAUUAGAUUGUCAUUGUAAAAAGGAAUUUCAGUAGGAAACUCUUCAGAUAUUUUAGCACAUGUUCUCUUGGGUGAUUUCCCCUGUUCCCUGGAGUCUCUUAUCACUUUAGUUUCUGUGAGUUUCCAUAGAAUAAGGCUUUUACCUUUCCUAGAGGUAUUAUGAAAAAGUAGUUCUUUAGAAACUGGCUGAUUUUAAUGUAAAACUCUGCCAAGUGCGUCAAACAGGGCACAAGUUUUGUUUGGUUUUAUUCCAUCCAAAAUGACCAGGUAGUAGAAACAGUGGAGUGUGUGCAUGGAGAAAGGGAAAGGAAGAGGAAGAAUUUCUCCUUUCUUUUUUGAUUGUUUUAACAUGAAGAUAAUGGGCAUACUUUUUAUGCACUAAACACUUGCUCAGGAGGUAUAUCUACUUAAAACUAACAUGUAUAUGUUUACUGCAUCUUAAGACAUAAAGUUUCCUCAACACACUUUUGUUCUUUAGUGUGAUACAUGGGAAACAAAUAAGAAUUUCUUGUUCUCAUAACAAGUAAAGCACUCAAGAGAGAGGCUCCAUUUGCUAAGCCAAAGGCUGAGACCUCUAGGACUUGUCACAAGCAUCUGCUGCUUGAGUAGCAAUUCCUCUAUUGCUAUAAUUGCCACUGUAAAAAUGAAAGCAGAAGUUAGGAGUGUAAAAAUUGUGGUACAAAAGCUGCAUGUGACCGUCCAGCAUCUCUUUUGUGGGGCUAAAAAUCUGGGCCUUUUCCUUCAUUUUAGAUGUUUUAAGGGACAAAAUAAUUGCUUUAAAAUUCAGCAUACUAAUGCAGCACCUACUUUACUCCUGAGCCCAGCCUCCCAAAUGGGACCUGGCCCUCCCAUUUCUGGAUUGCUGUGUGUCACAUGCUAUAUCUGAUGUAGCUCUUGAGUUAGUGGAAGUUGUGCACUUCCUGUGAUUAUUGAUCCUUAAAUUUGUUUGGAGUAGCAACAUUUGCAAUUGAUAGUUGUGUCUGGCUUUGCUGGCUUGUGCUGAUUACUUGAGACUUACCUGAAAAUACCUAAUAAAGUGGCAUUUGAGUAAGAAAUCUUUGGCAGGUUGCUGUUGAGCCAGUCUAGUAAAACAGAAUCUGGCGCUGUGCUAAUUGUUGGUUGCAUUGCUAUUAUCUCUUCUAUCUCAUUACAACCAGCAGACUAUUUUAAGAUGCACUGGACUAAGGUUGUGAACUAAAGUAACUUGUCCACAGAGUUGUAAGGGAUUUGAGUCAGUCUGAUGCAAAAAUAUAUCUGCUAUUUGGACUAUAACUAGCCUCCUAGCAGCUUCUAACUAACCUUGGGGGUUCUGUACUGUCAGCAUUGUACCAGCCUAGUUGCUUGCUUGCUCUCGGGCUCAAAAUUUUCUUCACAUCAGAAUCAUCUCCCUUGAGGGCAGGGGGAGACCAGUUGUGUGUAAUACUGGAAUGCAAGAUUGUUCUUGCCUUAGAUUGUUUUUCCCUUCCUAAUUUGGCACAUGCAUUCUAAAAGCAAAUUGUGUUGAUCUUUUCUGUUAAAGGAAACCUUGUUCCAUGAUGCAGUCAAACCACUAGAGGGUAAUACAGAGCUAUUGUUGUGUUUUGAUUUGAGCUUUGUUUGUUACCUUGAAUCUUAAUUAAUUUCUCCUCGUUUGACAGAGGAUAAAAGACCCUCUAUACAUACACUCUGUGCAAAAAUGCCAUGUGAGUUGCAUGUGUGGGUUUUCUUUAUGUCUGUGCCAUGCUUGUGGCCACUUUUAUUAUUAGAGAGGAGAGUUUGAUGGGGUGGGGGGUAAGAAAGAAGACUAGUUUUGCAAAAAAAGAAAAAAAAGAAAAAAGGAAAAGUUUUUUAAAAAAAGAGACAAGAUUUUUACAGACAGAGGAGGAUAGAGAUUUAAAAAUAUUAAAUGCAGUAAUUGCACAAAUGUAGUGAUAUUAGCUGGUCCUUAAAGAAAAGAGUAUUUUUUAGAAUUGUGAGUGGUAGAGAGGAUGGCAUUCAGAUAAUUUAAAUUGGGAAGGAAGGGCAAAGAAUGUGAGAAGAGAAGCAGUUUCUAAACUGAGGAAGCAAAUCCUUAUCUUAGAAAAAAAAUUCUUCCCUCUGUUACUCUUAACUUGAAGGAGUGGGGAGAAUGCCUCCUUCCAUAGUUAUGAAGCCAGAGUUCAGCCUUGUUCUGUUGGUCAGGCAGGACUAUGUGGCAUGUUAUUAUUAACUUGUUCAUGCAAGUUAUCAGUUGUACUUCAUGAUGACCUACUGAAUUGAAUGGGACAUGUUGCUGCUUUGUGGUUUUCAGUAAGAUCUAGGAUCUCUGACAAGCAAGAAGUAUGUGUGUUUGGAAACAUACCCUUACAAGCUGGCAAAAUUUCCAGUGAUAAGUCAGUUCAUUGAUACUGAGGUUGGUAUACCAGAAAUUCUUUUUCUAACCAAAUUCACUUUACAUCUUUCAUAUUCAUAUAACCUAGAUUUUUUUCAAGUGUAUAAUAGCUUUCCUAAGUUAAGAUAUAUGUUCAGGGCCUUCUUGAAGAGGGCACAUACUAAACCAACUUUCCCAACAUUGGCACAGUCCAAAUGUGUUGGGAUUGCAACUCCCAAAAUUCCCAGUCAGUUAGUAGUUAACAGAGGGUAAGAAUUUUGGAGAGCCACAACAUGUGGAAAGCUGCACUAAACUAACUGAUGGCUUGGGCCACAGUGAUUAUUUUCACCCUGAGUCAUAAGGAAAGUGAGAUGAAAGAAGCAAGUGUAGCCUUGCAAAUCAAAUAACCUAUUCAAAUAUUGAAGGAAGAUAUAUAAUAAAAGGGCAGUAUGAUCUAAUUCACAAUUUCCCAAGGUGGUAAUUGUGUAUGUUUAUUAUCCAUAAAAAUCACCUGUGAGGUACUGAUUGUAGAGGUUGAGUGUGAACAAGUACUAGGAGAGAAUUCACACCACCCCAUGGCAGUGUUACAGUAAUGCCUACAUUCAAUUUCCUAUUGUAAUCUAAGUGUGUUGAAUACCAUAUUAGUCAUAUGGACAGAUACAGAUCACAGCAUUGAUCUGGAUAUUAUAGGGCAUACUUUGGACAAGAAUGGGGAAGGAUAGCUGUUUUAACUGAAACAUGAUUGUGUUCUACUAUUCUAUGGGUAGUGCUAUAGUAUUCUCAUAAUUUGCAUGUUUAUUUCUUGCAUGGAAAUUUGCAUUUUUGUUUUGGCUCUUAAUUGUUCAUUUCUCAUAACCUGCAACAAGGGCUAAUGGAAAAUUGGCAUCUAUUUAAGAAAAAAUACUAGAUGCUUUCCCAAGGAAGCAAAAUACCGUUCCCUAAUGUGUCCAGAUUUGUGCCUGUAUUUUACAGAUAAAUAUUUUUCAUCUGUUCACUGUUAGAGAAGCUUUCUCACCUAUUUUUUACCAGUUGAACUUGCUCAAUGAGAUUGCUAUUUCACUCCAUGCUAAUCAAACUUUCUUAUACCCUCUGGAUAUGUAAGACUACACUCCUAAUGCUGAGAAGGCUUGUAAUUCAACAUAUUUGGAGAGCAUGAGAUUAGGGAAGGGAAUGCUGGUAUAUAUUAUAUAAUGGCUUCUACAGCUAUGCAGCACAUAGAACUUCCUGCAUCUCCUUAAAGCAGCUGUAUUCUUUCCCAGUAUUAUGUGGCAGCUGCAGAGGGCAAUUACAUGAUCCUGGGAAAAGAUGCAGCCACAGAAUGUCAUUGCAGACAGAUACUGUAUUCAUACUCCUGAGUGCUCCCAGAUGCCUUCCAGUGAUAAAUCCAAAACACUGCAUAGCCUUAAUAGGCUGUUGGUUGGCCUGAUACACGAAGUGGGCAGUGAAAGAUAAAAGUAUAGCAACAAUAAGCCACUCUUCAGGUUCUGUUGAGCCUUCUCAAGAGGAUAAUUCCCUUUAUUGCUCACUAACUCAGUCUUGCCCAUUUGAAGAUUUCUACGCUGUGUAUAUUAUUGUGAUUGGUUGUUUUUUAAAUUGAUUUUUUAAAUUUUGUUAGCUGCCCAGAGUUGCUGCUUGUGAGAUGGGUGGCCGUAUAAAUUGACUUAAAUAAAUAAAUUACAGAAGAAUAUUAUCUAUUUUUAAAUUUCUAUUUAAAAAGGGGGAGUACUAUCUGAGCUGAGUGUUCGAUGUAAGAAGGAUUCAUGUUUCUCUUUUUCUAUUUAGGAGAAAUUUGAUUCCUUUGCUACAUUCCCUACUGUCCAUCUUCUAUAUAGCCUAGAUUUGGGUAAUUGAUACGGAGGGGAAAACAAGAUAGUGAAGAGAAUUCACAUAUUGCCCCUGUUGGGGAAUUGUUAAGUUUGUGAAGCAAAUUGGAAAAUGUUGGAAUCCAACAGUUGUAGGAUUCCUGUUGGGUCUUGGGUAAAGUAAUGUAAUAGAUUUGGAAUGUACUUCUAGUUGGUCAGAGUUCCACUACAGGAGCCAUCAUGUCUCUAUUCUCACCCCUUGCUUCUUGCCCCAAGGUCUUGCACUGUUUUGCCUGGUGCAUUCAUGCUCCAGUAUUGCUUGCUUUGCUGCUUUUUGGACUGUCUGCUAAUGGUGCAAAGCUGGGAUCUUUUCAAUAUAAGUAUAUGUACUAUGUAUAUAUAAAUAAAUAAUCCUCCACUUAAUCCUCCACCGUGCUUUGUGUUAACAAAGACAGCUUGGGCCAGUAGUAUGACCAUACUAUUGAGAACUAGGAAUACCUAGUUGUGGUCUGAAAGAAUGCUGUGAUUUGUAAGCUGUUUAGUUUUCUUUUUGAGAUCUUCUUUUUCUCUAGCUAAAAUUAGUUGGAUGAGGAAGAGAAGGAGCUUGCUGUAAUGAAAGCUGUUCUCAGUGCUUACAAAAACCUCUGAAUAUUUAUACUUCCUUUUAAUAUUUUCCUAAUUAAAUAUUAGUUUUCAGUUAACUCAGAUAUUGAGAAUCUUAACAAGUGAAGAUUGGGAUUGGAAAGUUCUUCUUUCCCACAUGGCUUUUUUUUUUCAGCUUGAUACAAUAGCUACUCAGACCUAUGCAUGAUCUGUUUUUUUAUUGACAUAAAGAUUAUUUAUCAGUGUUACUUCUGAAUGGUUAAAUGACAUGACAAACGUGGAGCUGCCUUAUAUUGCAUUAGCUCUUUGGUCAAUCUGGCUGAGAACUGACUAUUCAUUAUGGACAUGAUCUCUCAGAGACAGAACUUUCCUAGCCCCUUUCAAUGGGUGAUGCUUGGGAUUGAGCCCAAGCCCCAAUUCCAUGCAAAAUAUGUUGCUGUUAAGCUAUGUGCUAUCCCACUACGUUUUUUAUGUCCUUUUACCGAGUCCUCCUGAAUAUUUUUUUAUUUCUCUGUACUUUAUCAAAGGAGCUUCUAAAACUGAAAGGUAGAUGAAGUUAUCCUGCAUAUAUGCAUCUAGACUUGACAUUAACAUAGAAUCAGAACCUUCUCCAUGUUUGGAAUUUUACAAUUGGCCGGGAUACUCAGCAUCUAAAAAUAUUGAAUUAUUUAUAUUUCUUUUUUAAAUGAUUGUUAACCAUAAGCAAAGCUUGAUGGGAAAAAGUCAAAAUCAGUUCUUAGCAGAAGUCCUAAUAGUGAUAACAUAUUUUCAGUUUCCUUUUUAGUGAUGGUACACAAUGUUUCAAAUUCAAAAUAUUUUAAGUAUGAAAAAGUUGUUCUGACCAUUCCAGUGGUAUUUUGAAAUCAAUACAGGCUCUUUAAUGCUUAAAAUUUAUUAUUUGAAUUUGAAACAGUUGUUUCAAGCUCAGAACAAUUCUGGACUGGUUCAGGGAGUCCACUUGAAACUUGAAACAACUCUUGUGAACUUGAAACUGAGUGACCCUGUUUUAUUAUAAAUAUGUGCAAUUGUUCUUAAUUUGCAUAACUGAGACAUCCUGCAAACUCUGAAUUACUGUUUGUGGAAUUUUAUUUGCAUACAUACCUAUAAGUGUUCCAUGUAUGCAUAUGUACACAUGCGCACACAUAAUAUCCUUGAAAAAGCAUAAGACUUAAUUGUUGUUAAGGGAAAAUAAUAGCUGAACAAAACCAGUGUAAUCUCUCAGUUAUUUUAUAUUAUGAAAAUGUAAUAGUUAUGGCAUUAGGGAAACUGCAGUCCUCUAGAGGUUGCACAGUUAUAACUUACAGCAUCUUCAUUAUCAGUCCUGCAGAGAGUUGUAGUUCAGCAACAUCUGGAGAGCCAUUGUCUCUACUUAGUUCUUGGUGACAGCAAUUGUUCAUUUAAAUACAAAAAUUCUACAGUUCUCAGGAAAUCCUUCUGGCUUCUUAAGUUCCUUGGUGGUCUACCUAGUUGCAUUCCUUAUUCUUCAGUAGGAUGGAUAAGAAGAAAAAAAUAUUGUACCUGAAUUUCUUCUAUGUAUCAUAGUUAAAAUGUUGGCAAGGAAGAAGCAUGCCCAGGAGAUAUCUGGAUCCAGAAUCUCGUAAUUUCCUAAAGAGUGGCACUUAUCUAGCACUAGCCCCAUAAGGGCUGCAGAGAACAUCUGAACAGGCAUCGCAUUCUAUGCUUGUGAAGGUGGAAGACAGUUUUACUUACUUACCAGAAAGAGUGUACUCUAGGAGAAAAAGACCAUAUUUAGUAUUAUAUGAACAGGCAGGGCAGAGAAGUAGGAGAAAUCCAAGGAGUAUACAGUUUUUUAAAAGAAAUUUUAUCUUCACAAUGGACAGUAAAAUAUUAUUUAGAGGUGAAGCUGCUUUGAAGAAUAUUAUAAAUGUUUUCUUUGAUUGGAUUCAUUCAGAUCUUUACUACAACAGGCAAAACCUGAUUCUUGGUUUAUAUAGCACUUAAAAAUAUUGUAAACACAUAAUUUAAAACUCUGCAUUAUGUUGGCAACCUUUUUGUGUCAUUUUAAAGGACCCCCAUUUGUCUGAGAAUGCUCCCCCACCCCCCAAUGAUUGAAUCUGUCAGAGAACUAACCAUGCCUAGUUAUAAGAAUGACUCAUAGGAAUUGACCCACAUCAUUAAAGAGGGAAGCAGGGAAUAUUUAUUAUUGUGAAGACAACUGAGGGCCUGUUGAGAUUCUAGAAUCUUGCAGCAUUUGGAAAUAGCUAUAUUUGGUUAUCAGUUUUGUUAUGUUUUGAGGCACUGUUCAAAAUAGGGAAAUUCUCCAUGUUUCAUAUAUGAUAAUGCCAGGGAAGCACUCCCCAGUUCUGCUGCAUUAGCACUAUUCUAUCAAGCCAGGUAAAUAUUACACUUCUGUAUCAGUCCUUUGCAGGCUGCAGUUAGUAGUGAUAGAUAGUCCUGUGGUGUUUAUAGGACCUUAUCAGCAAUAAGGCAGAUACCCUUUAUAAUCUGGUAACAAAGAAGUUUUUAGGCCUAUGCAUCACUUUGAAUCAGUUCCAAAGAGGAACUUUGGAACAUGUAAGGGCAGGAGUGUAGCACCUGUCUGCAGUUCUUUAAAGGAGCCACAUCAUCUCAGUGGUGAACAGGCACUUUAAAGAGUUGCAGGGAGAGGCUUACGUUUUUACUCUCAUGUUCUCCAAAAUACUUUUUUGAAAAUGAGUCAAACAUUGCAAGCCCUAAUAAUUUUAAACCCAAGAGUUUAUAGGAACUGAAAUGCAAAAAAUGGGAGGAAACAAAUACAGGUAUAAAAUGAUGGCAAGAUAUGUAAAUAUUUUCAAGGGGACAACUAAGUACAUCAGAUUUGCUUCAUAGUCUUAGUACUACCACAUGGAGAUUAAUAUAGCUAACAGUAGCUCUAGUGAAGUUCCUUAUGCUCUAUUCCUCCUAAAUCCUAGAAUUUUGUAUCCAAAACACUUGAAAUAUAUAUAUAUCACGGUAUGGUUGUCCUUUGGUUCUCUUCAAGAAAAAUCUCUUAUAUUCACAUGAACAAUUACAGGGAGGUAUAGAAUUGGUGCUUAUUCCUUUUUUGUAUACAUUGUUAGGCUUACCAAGGCCAGGUCUCAAUCUUGCCAAAACUGAUGCUGGUGUAUGGUAGAAUCUCAUAGGGAAUUAAUGAAUUUAUGGCCCUUGAUAACACAUAAGAGUUUUGUAACAUAUCUGGAGUAUUCACUUGGGCCUUACAAAUGUUUGGAUAUUUGAGUGCAUCUAUAUAAGCUUGGGCAUUUAGUUUUUACAAAGUUGAGGCCUUAUGUUGAAGAGUGAGCUAAAGUUUAAAUUUAUUAAAUUCUUACCUCUUGGUAUACAAAUAGGCUUUAAAAACAAGAGCUAUAUAUCUGGUAACUAUUUUGUAUUAUGGGAAAAAUGCAUUUAAUUAAACAGUUGUACACAAAUCAAAUGUUAUCUAAUAUUAUUUUGUCUUAAUUACUUUUUAAAUAUAGAGUUUGCAUUUGCUUGGUUGCUUUUUAAAAUCCAGUGUUCAACUGGCUAAACUGUCUAGAGUGGACAACUGGGAAGCAUUAUACAGUGGGUGACUGAAUCACCCAUUGACAUUUUUAUCAGAGAAGGGGGUUGCUUCAAGUUUGCGGUGGGGGGAAGUUAUGCUAAUUAUUCUUGUAUCCUUGUACAUUUUGUUCUUUCUGUUGCUCUUGAGUAUUGUAUCAAUGCCAGAAAUGGGGAAUUAAGAAGAAGAACCCCAAUAAAUUGUUACAUUCCAA